AUGUCAGAUGGCCACGCCACAGACGGUGAUCCUGGCGAGAUCGCUACUGAGCUGCAUUCGGAGGGUGUCGUUGUGGCAAGUGUGUACCUGACAAGCGAUCACAACGUUGCUCAACGACGCAUAUACGAUAAACCAGCCUACUCUUGGGAUAAGGGUCAGCGUACUCUCUUCAAUAUAGCAUCCAAGGUAUCUGCCAGUAAACACCCCAUUCUGGUGUUGAUGUCGUUGGGCUGGCAAAUUCCGUGCUCUGGGGAAGUUGCCUUGUAUGUCUGCGUCUGUACUGAGACCGCAGCUGCAGAAUUCUGCUCACUGCUGGUAUCAGCGCAUCCUAGACCCACGGACGCGCUGUUGGACAUUAUAGGCCGACUACGGCUGGAUGAGUUUAUCCAGGAUAAGCAUGUUAUUACUUGCAACAACCCAACAGACCAGGGCAGUUCCGCAACUUGCUAUGCGCAUGCAAUCGCUGCCGUGGUGCAGAUGGCGCUGUUACGCGUAGAGCGCAAGGGACCCUGUCCAACCAUUAGAGAAAUCGGUGACAGAAUUAUACGUGAAUUUCCCCCAGGUAAUCAUGGGCGUGUAGCUGAAGAGGUACUAAGCCAGGCCGUCUAG